UUAGAACGUUAUUUGUUUAUCACACUUGUUGCUAAUUUUCUCAAGUGUAAAUGUCACUAGCAUCGUUUUGAAACCACCACGAGAUCCCAGAGAUAGAGGUGCUUCUAAAGAGCUGUUUAGACUUCGUAAAGAGAAUCAAUUCUUGGAGAAAAAUGACUGCAGGUUCUGUUGCUGUGCCAACCAUUAUUCCAUUGAAAGCACCCCAAGGUCCGAAACAUAUCAUCGACUCAAGAACACCUAUUGAAAUAAGAUCAGACACAAAUGGCUGUGUUAUCUUGUAUGCUGUCGAUGGUUCCCGCCCUGAGGCCACCUUCAAACAAGGCCGCCUCCACAUACCUAAAACCACGUUCCUGUACAAAGACCCAUUCUUGCUACCUCCUGGAAAAAUAUUCGUGAAGGCUCUGGCAAUGCUUAAGGAUGCGUCUAAACAGAGCUCUGUGGUCACCAAGAGAUUCACUGUGUACGAGGGAAAGGAGGUCGACAAUGACGAGUCUGAAGAUGAACAUGUGCCUCCUCCACGAAGCCCCAGUCCUCGUCCCUCCAUCUCCUCUCAGCUACGACAGCGACUGAGCAUGUCCUCUAGGGCUAGUCUAGCUACCACCAUAGAUCCUGAUCCCCCUGCUAGUCCCCCUCCCAGGCCCUCACGCUGUACCUCCGCCAAGAGUCUGGCAACAACUAGACCAACCACUGCAGAGAAACCUCAGCCACGAUGUGUGUACUGCAAGGCACCUCGGCCCAAGACUCCUGGCUACAAGUACUGCACUCACUGUGGCUACAGACUCCCACCCCUCCCCCUGAUUGACACCAAACCACCUCUUCAGAUGGGAGUGUGCUCUCGUUGCAGGGCUCAGCUACCCCCAGACACCACCACCUGUCUAGUGUGCGAGGGGGUGGUACAGAGACCACCUCCCCUGCCCCCCAUACACGGACAAGCAAGCUCCUUCAGUAUUGGCAAAGACAAAUCUACUUGUCUGUCAUGUGGCACCACUAAUCCACCCCAUCUCACCCACUGUGUUACGUGUGAGAGGUCUAUAGUCCCAGAGUGGGAUGAUGACGCUCCACCGCCCACUCUCCCAGCCCCACCCCUCCCCACCCCCUCAAUAAUGAGGCCUGUGUCUGGUAGCAGCUACAUGAUGUGUGGGGUGUGUGGGCGGGUCAACGUAUCAGAUGCAAGGUUCUGUGACUGGUGUGGAGGUAAGCCGGAGGGUUGCCAGCUCUCGGUGAUGUGUGCUGGGUGCUCUACAGCUAAUGAGUGGAGCUCCAGACAUUGCUAUGCUUGUGGAGGGCUCAUCAAAGCUCCUCUCAGACCUGAGGUGGAACUGGCUAAGUCUAUGAAGAUGCCAGCUAUUGCUGAGAAGGACAAGAAUGCGUGGAUCCCAGUGGUUGAGAUUGAGGACAAAGGUCCUGAGCUGAGGACACUUGGUACCCAGACGGUUGGGAUAUUUUACCCCUCCUCUCGGACACUGCACAAAACCCAGGAGAGCCAGAGCAUCACAAUGGCUGUACAUGCCGGGGCCAGGGAUAGACUACCACUCCUCAAAGAAUACAGUCCUGGCAAGGGGCUGUGGAGAAUGCAGGUUCAGCAUGUUUGUGCCCACUUCCGUGCUCAUGCUCAGAGCUCAUCUGAAGUGCAGGCUGACAUUGGACACCCUCAACUGGGAAAGCUGGUUACAGCUACUACUAAAGAACAUAGAGGCCAGUUCAGUUUGCGACUGACCUUUGACCUCCAAUCUCCUGGAAGUGGGCGAAGCUCUAGAGUUGGUUCAACCACCUCCCUCCUCUCCUUGUCUGAACCUAAUCUAUCGGUAAUCUCCCCUGCCCUCAAGACCACAGCCACCAAACAGAGCACCAACAACAGCAGGAGACCUUCCAAACCCACUAUCAAGAGACUAAAGGGUGAUCUGGGACAGCUUGUACAGGAGCUCUCUCCUGGUGGCCAGGGUAAGAAGGAACUGGUCCAAGAGCUACUGGAAAAGGGAGUGGAUGCUAAUGCCACAGACUUGACUGGCCUCCCCCUACUAUCUCUAGCUGCUGGCAAUGGCCACCUGGACUGUCUGGGUGUGUUGAUGGAGCGUGGUGCUUCUGUGAAUGCUACACACAGGCCUACUGGCAACACUGCCUUGCAUCAGGCCGUGAUGGGGGGACCAGCCAGAGUGGACUGUGUUGAGGCUCUCCUGGGCUACUCAGCUAACCCCAGACUAAGGAACAAGCAAGGCAUGAAUGCUUGUGAACUGGCCCUUAAACUAAACUAUGAUAGUCUAGUCAUUUGCUUUGCCACUUAUGUUGGAGUCGGACUACUCGACAAGAUAGCAAAAUCACAAGUCACAAGUCUCACCCUCUAGUUUAAUAUUAUUGUAUGCAUUUAUAUAUAAUUAUAAUUAUUGUCAAUUUGCAAUUUGACAUAAUUAUAUUGACACAUUGUAUUUACUGUAAAGAUCAUCAAAAUAAUAAAAUAAUAACGGAAA